UUUCAAGCAACAUGAAGGUUCUAAUAGCCCUGACGUCCAUGUUUUACCUGGCCGCUACAGCGAGUAUUUGUUCAAAAGCCAAGUAUGAUUAUGGUGAAGUUGUAACUAAAUCGAUCUUAUUUUACGAUGCUCAACGAUCUGGUAAACUACCUGCUAAUAACCCCAUACCCUGGCGGGGGGAUUCAGCUGUGAACGACCAGGGGGAUCAUGGAGAGGAUUUAUCUGGUGGAUGGUAUGAUGCUGGGGAUCUGGUCAAGUUUAAUUUUCCCGCCUCAUCAGCCGUACGUGUCUUAUUAAAUGGUAUAAUCAGAUGGUAUGAUACUUAUACAGCUCUAGGACAAAUCAACAUGGCCUUAGAUUCGGUUAAAUGGGAAUUAGAUUAUUUCCUUAAAUGUUGGAUUCCAUCAAAACAAAUUUAUUACUAUGAGGUUGGCGAUGGCGAUAUAGAUCAUCAAUUCUGGAGUAGACCAGAAGAUAUGACCAUGGCUCGACCAGCUUUCUCUCUUUCUUCAACUAAACCAGGAAGUGACGUAGCUGGUCAAACGGCGGCGGAUUUUGCUGCCGGUUCCAUCGCUUUUAAAAAAAAAAGGGAAAAACAAUUCUAA